AUGAUUGCUACCAGUCCUUGUGUCCGGACUCAAACGAUGCGUACACAUGCAUGUCCAGACAUCCGCAGCUAUUUUGAGAUGGCAAAACCAAAGUUCAUCUGCACAAAAGGAUAUGCUUCAAUGACUGAUCAAUUGGAUAGCGUGGAAUUCGCCGAUGAUUUCAAGCAUCACGCAAAACCUGUGACCAAGCAGGGUGAGCUAGAAAUUGUCACAAAAAAGCAGGUUACAGUUAGCAACUGGAAAUGCGUAUACUCAAGAAAACAAGACCCGAGUCGAAGGGCAUUUACGCAAACUUUCAGCUGUGAAGGAGAAGCAAGGUUACUUUCGAUGAACCUAUCCAAACCAAGUCGAGACAACUGCAUACAAGCCAUAGUCUCGCCAUCUCGCUGGGUUGGUCAAAAAGCACACGAAGAGUCUCGACUAGGAUACGGUUACAACAAGAAUAAAUUCCUCAUCAUCAUUCGAGACUAUUGGCUCAGGACUGCAAAAAAGGUAUUUGAGAUGACCGGAUUUAUAUUAUGGGCCGAGAACACCAGCAAGGAACAAGUAGAGGCCGCCAGUAGGUUGCUUCUGUCUCUGGACUUUUUCGUCAGAGACAAUAUCAACCAUUGGUCCGUCCAUCCAGAAGAUAAGUACUAUUUAUACACAACAUGUCUCGAGGAUACCAGAGAGAGUUUGGGAGCGUUAGACUUUACCAAAAGGCAAAGCUGCUCGGGUUCUUGGCGUGGUAAGCCAAGAUCUGGUAGCUCCUCUGCCAUUUGGUGGCCAAACCCUUUUGUGGUUGACCCCAUCGCUGCAAGUUGGCACAUUGUUUCUGCUGGAAGUUUGGUUGUUUACUGUUGGUGGUCUUGUAUACCCCCUGCUGGUGGUCAAGGUCCAUUCCGCCCGGUCAUCGAAGAACAUUUUGCAGUCCCGGGCCCGUCUCUUCAGAUGAUGUUACCUAUUCCAAGCCAAGUUCCUUUCCUUACGAAACAAAUUCUCUCAAUUAAGCCAUAUUCGGCCUUAUCAGCUCCAAUAAUGCGGCAAAUUCAGAAGCCUGAAUCUUGUGCAAGAAUGACAGCAGCAAGAACCAAAAUCCCUGAAAUGGUCAAGCCACGGUUUGCUUUUAUGUCCAAGUCCAAUUCCGAGUCUUGUCCAAGUCAAAGUCCAAAUGUCCAAAACUAUCCAAGUGUUGUCUGGGUCGUACCUCCAAGUCUCAAAACCAAGUCGAUUUCCAAGAAAGGGUCCAAUGCAAAGUUCCAAAAGCAAGUUCCAAAAGAAAAAUCAAAAACCAAAACCGAGGCCUAUACUAAGUCCUGUAAAAAAAAACAGGCAUAUACUAAGUCCUCCUCUCCAAAAGGAUCAAAAGAAAUCCGAACCCGAGGCCUAUACUAA